CCCGCGCAAGGUCUCCACCUCCCCCUCCCCUCCUGACGUCAUUCAGCGAGCUGAUGCUAUUGCACGAAAAGAGCUGCUCGCAGCCGCACCACAGUGGAUAUCUCUAUGCUCAUUGCCAGGGACCGUGGAGUGUGCAAAGGCGGGGGAGCGAGAGAGAGAGAGACGGAGAGAGCGAGGAGGAGAGGUGGAGGGAAUACAGUUGGAUUUGGAUACAACUGGAAAACUACCAAGCGCGCACAGCACGCACCGAGCGGAAGGCACAUCGACGGUGCGUAGCCAGCAUUUCACCUACUCCCCCGUCCCCUGUAAUCGGAUUCGGGCGAGAAUGGAGCUCCCUGCCGCCGGAGAGCACGUCUUUGCGGUAGAGGGCAUCGAAAAGAAGCGCAUCCGCAAGGGCAAGAUAGAGUACCUGGUCAAGUGGCGAGGCUGGUCUCCCAAAUACAACACAUGGGAACCAGAGGAAAACAUCCUUGACCCGCGUCUCCUCGUCGCGUUUCAACACAGAGAGAGGCAGGAGCAGCUGAUGGGGUAUCGUAAACGGGGGCCAAAACCAAAACAUCUUUUACUCCAGGUGCCCUCAUUUGCUCGAAGAUCCAGUAUCCCUGCAGGUUUUGAGGAAACGUGUCAGGAUGCAGAGGGUGGCCUCAAGUCAGAUCCUGUCCAGGUCCAGCGGUCCCAGCCUCAGCAGUACCAGCUGAACAGCAAGAAGCACCAUCAGUACCAGCCCAGCAGCCAAGAGGUCCCUGCUGACCAGCUAACCAACAGCAAAAAGAAGUUCAUCUACCAGCUUAACAGCAAGAAGCACCACCACUAUGAGCCCGACCCGAAUAUGUACGACACGCAGGCCUCUAGGCUCAAAGAGGUGGUCAAAGUUCAGGAACCGGCCUGUAAACCAGCAAAUCCUGGCUGGAAUUUACCACUGGCACUGCAGCAAAAAUGGGUUCGUGACAAAGACACAGGUUGCUUGAGCAAAGUCAAAGAGUUGGCGUUAGAAGUGAGGAAACCAGCUGUCAAAGAGGCUGAGAGUGAACAUGCCCUUAAACCCAAUCCUAAAGACGCAACCCUGCCUAGCGCUAUUAGCAGCAAAAUGAAGAUAAUCAAAAACAAAAACAAGAACGGACGUAUUGUUAUUGUCAUGAGCAAAUAUAUGGACAGUAACAAGGUUCAUGGAGCAAAGGGUAAACAUGGGGAAUCAUCAAGCGAAGAGAAACCACAAAACACCAAACCAUCAGAAAACAAUCCAGCACACAGAACCAAAAUGGUGGAGCACCUGGAGAACGGUAUCCCCAAAGAGAUCUGUAAUGGCAGCUCCCUCCCUGCCGCAGAGCAUCCUAUAAAGUGUUCCCCAAAGGACAGACAUUUCUCCAAACCUUCGCCAAGCACAGCAGAGGAAUACAACACUGAAGUGGCUCGGGGUCAGGCUGACUUGCCGGAUGAUCUACCGCUACAGCUGACCGCUAGCUCACCUCCGAUGUCCUGGGCUAUUGACACCAACAUCCCAACCCCUACAGCUGUCGACCAGAUCAGAAUCCCUUCCUUUCCCAACGACCGCAAGCGAAAGCUCUCAGAUCCCGUGGAGGACAGGAGCGUUUCCAAAACCUACCUGACCUCCAGAAGCUUUAGUGUGCCCAGCACAGUCGUCACGCCACCACAGGACAAACCCAUGGACCUCCACUGUAGUGGCCGGCGCCUCAGCAGUACAUGCACAUUUGACGUUCUGGACUCCGGCAGCCAAGAAGAGCCGAUAGAUCUCAGCUGUCCAAAGACUAAGAGGCAGGUGGAGCCAGAGAUACAGCCAGAGCCGGCACCAGAGCCAGAGCCUGCUGACAGAAAUACUCCUCCUGUGACAGAGGACACACAGAAAACCACAGAGAAAUCUAAAGAAGCACCCGUUAAAAAAAUCUCCCCUUUUAUGGGAAAUAUCAUCAUCACUGAUAUCACGACAAACAGUCUCACUGUCACCUUCAAGGAAUAUGUUUCUUUCUAAGAAACUCUUUGUAAAAUGGGACUACCAGUAAACCGACUGGAUGAUCCUGUCAAUAUGUGCAUAUGUAAAAACAUCAGAAUUUUGUAUAUGGAAAUUUAUAAUUUAUCAUUCAAAUUCAAUAUGUUUCUUAUAAUGUUUUAUACUGUAACUCCUCCGUGAUGUUGUAGCCAAGAAAGUGCCCUCGAGGAUUUGAGUGAAUGCAUUCAGGUGGAUGUAUGCCACAAAAAAAGAAAAAAAUUAGUUUAUUUGUCAUAUGGAGCUUAAUGGGAUACUUUUGCUGUUGUUUCAUACCUGUACCAAACUUAUAACCUGAGAUGUAUGAAGGUUUAAAUGUAUUUUGUAUGAAUAAUAUCUCUUAUUUUGGUCCUGAUAGAAGGUAGAGAGGACAUUGUUGAGCCUAUGGUGAUCUAAGAUCAAAUUGAAAGCACUUAAUUACAUUUUCAUGUUAAUUUGUGUCAUGUACCCUCAUUAAUGGAGAUGGUCUCUAUAAGUCUUAUUUCAUUGAAAUGUUUUUUUUUUUUUUUUUACUUCAGACAUGUACACUCAGUCUGACCUGGCAUGUUUUGUUACAUGGUUUGUUUGAGGCUUGUUUAAGAAAAAUAAUUAGCCAUGACAUGCAAAUUAAAAAAGCAGGUGUGUCUGAACACAGCGUGAACACUCGGCUAUGUCAACAACCUCUAAGCAAUGUCCCAGCUUUUCCUUUUGCCUUCGGUUUUUGUUUCGCCAUAGAGAUGCAGCAAAGCCGUCAAUAGAUCUGCCAUUACAAUCCAGUCUAUUACUAUUCUGCACAAUUCCUCUUUAGCAAACAAUUAUGGAACGAAAGCUGACAUGUACUUUCUCAAAGGUCAGUACCAUUAAGAAAAUGGUGUCAUUUAUCAAACGGGACUUCUCGUGAAGAUGACGUAUUGUUUCUUACCAUAAUAAGGUUGUGAUUUAUUACCUUAUUGUUGACCUCACAUACUACUGGAGUUACUUUAGAAUAUCUGCUAGUCUUGUUAGGAUCCUCCUGAUGUCACACAGAUUAAUGAUAUUCAUCUCAUAUUGCUAUUGAACCUCACCAUGUGAUCUGAAGACUACAUAUGACUGGUAUAUGUUUUAGAAAAAAAGCUACCAGGGUCAGUAAUGGGUUUGUUUCACAGAUUAAAUGUGAGUUGCGAGGCGGGCUUUUGUAUACUGUUACAUGCAGUCCAGUGGGUGCAAGCUGUUUUGAUUAUGCUGCUGAAAAUUCAAAUGUCAACGCUGUUGGAUGUAACCUACAUUUGAGUCUAAAAUUGCCUUCUACGCACAGCUAAUGCAAAACCAGUGAGAGAGCUAAAAUGCUAGAAUAAUAAAAAUGAAGAGUGAAUAUUUAUUUACAUUUAAUAUGUUUUUUCAAAACAAUUACAAGAUGUUCUCUGCAUCAGAAGCUGCAAGUGAUCCCAUUGAACAGGUUGUCCUUUUUGAGUCUGUUUGCUACGUUUUGUUCUUUUGCUUACUUUUGCUUAUUGUCUCUUGCACUUGGUUCAAAGUCAAAACGAUUGUUAUAAAAUUUGCUCUACCAGGAGCUGGUUGACUUAUUGCUUUUGGCACAGCUUAUUGGAUGGUAUGUUUCACAAUAAAGAAAGAGAUUUGACCUCUGAUAUUUUGCUGCACUGACACUGGGUGGGGGCAAACAGGCCGUUUUGUAUGUUGAUAUAUUGGAUUUCUUCUUUAUUUUACAGGCUAACUCUUCAUAGUUUUUUUUCUGGUGUUCCAGUAAAAGAUUUAUGUUUCAUUGUUCACGUCCUGCAGUU